AUGGGCAUCCUCAACCUGGGCGACUCAGGGGCGAUGCUUCUGCGACCGGCGCUACGGACACCGCCGGGAUCGGAUCAGCCGUUGCUGUUUCCUCGGGUCGUCUUCAGGUCCAGUGACCAGACCCACUACUUCAACUGUCCAUAUCAGCUGGGCAGCGGGAGUUUGCCUGUCGAGGCACCCGACUUCAUCCGCGUUCGCGUUAGAACCGGCGACCUGGUUGUUGCGGCGACCGAUGGGGUCUUCGACAACCUGUUUGAUCACCAGGUGCAAGCCAUUGUGGCACAGCAGCUGGCAAAGGCCUGGAGCGUCGGGGCACCGGUCACCCCGCAUCUAAGUGGUCUUGCUACGAGUAUCGCCAAGCAGGCCUGA